AUGGAGCUGCCAAACCGACCUGCCACUGAGAACAUUGCCCUUGAAGCAGGUCAACAAACUCGCCAGCUUAUCCCACGCCCUCUUUCAAAUAAGAGCAACGCCUUGUCUGGCGAUAAAAUUUCCCAGAUUGGACGAUAUUUACGCCUGGGUUGGAAAUGUGAAGCCAUCGCGAGCGCCUGCAACGUUUCAAGAGCCACUAUCUUCCGGUAUCAAAGCAACCUCUUGCGGUAUGGCAGCCUCCGGAAACCUGCUUAUCGAAGCCUAGGACGAGCAAGGAAGCUAUCUCAAGCAGACGAGGAUGCUGUUUUUGAAUAUCUCCUUCAUGAGAGCUGGCGGCAACAAGAUGAAGUCAGAUCCUGGUUAUAUUAUGAGCGUGGUGUGGAUGUUAGUGUGCCAACAAUAUCUCGAUUAUUUAAGCGCCGUAAAUGGUCAAGAAAACAGCUUAAGCGAAUCUCGUUAAACCGGAGUGAACCUCUUCGCCGUGCCUAUCUUGAUGAUAUACGCCAAUUUGCAGCGGAUGAUCUUGUCUUCCUUGACGAGUCGAUAUUUAACGAGAAAACGGGCUGGCGUCGACACGCAUAUAAAUUAGGGCAAGACAUGGAGCAUCUGCGCAGCAAUGACGCUGGAGGGCUAUCUUCCCUUACUGGUGACUUUGCGGAUUGGCUUGAAACAAAAUUGAUACCAGCACUCAGCCAGAUACACCGAUUCCCAAUGGUUAUUGUUCUUGAUAAUGUCAAGAUCCAUACACGCGAACACGUUAGUCAGAUUAUUGAGAGCGCAGGACAUCUUAUUCGAUAUUUACCACCAUAUUCACCCGAUUAUAACCCGAUAGAACUCACCUUUAGUGUUCUUAAAUCAUGGAUGAAAAGGAACUGGAUUUUCUUGCGUGAGACAUGCAGCAACUACGGUGAAUUUAUCCAUCUUUCGAUUCAACAGAGUCGUUGUGAUAGAUUCGCCAGAAAACACUUUAAACACGCUGGGAAUGGAGUGUAUAUUGAAGAGAAAGAACUCAUUGAAUUUCAUCAAUUUCUCGCGCAGUAUGAGGCAGAUCUAAGCGUCAACUUAUUCAGUGAAUAG